UCGUAGUCACAAAAACAUAUUGGGCGGGAAAAACAGACGCGUGUGUGGGGGAGGCGACGGGACGCAUUCAAAUUUAGAAGCCUGUGAUUGGCGGAUGUGUCUUUCUAGAAGCCCAUUUGUAACCAAUGAAAUAUGUUUUCUUCAUUCGUUGUGCACAAAGACCCAAUCAGUAAAUGCAACCCAGCCCUCAUAAAUUAGCAUGAGCUUUCAAUAAAUACCCGGUACGCUCCUGUAAGGAAAGCUAUUGUUUUGUUCGACACUUGCAACAUGCCUGAACCAGCGAAAUCCGCUCCCAAGAAGGGCUCCAAGAAGGCGGUCACUAAGACUGCCGCUAAAGGAGGAAAGAAGCGCAGAAAGUCCAGGAAGGAGAGCUACGCUAUCUACGUGUACAAAGUGUUGAAGCAGGUUCAUCCUGACACCGGGAUCUCCUCCAAGGCGAUGGGCAUCAUGAACUCUUUCGUCAACGACAUCUUCGAGCGCAUCGCCGGUGAGUCGUCUCGUCUCGCUCACUACAACAAGCGCUCCACCAUCACAUCGAGAGAGAUCCAGACCGCCGUGCGUCUGCUGCUUCCCGGAGAGCUGGCCAAACACGCCGUGUCUGAGGGCACCAAGGCCGUCACCAAGUACACCAGCUCCAAAUAGAGUGUAAUCUGACUUCUACAACCCCAACGGCUCUUUUAAGAGCCACCCAUCAUUUCAGUUAAAGGGCUUUCAGCGUUUAAAUAUGUGGUUGUUUGUUAAAUCAAGGUUUUAUUAAAGAGAAGUUUAGCUUAUUGGACGAACAAAAACCCUUAAUAUACAGUAAAUGCUUGCAUCACACAAAAUCUCUAAAAUACUAUUUAAGCUUGUUCUUGUUUUUCUAACAAUAGUCUUAUUACUCAAAUAACGAAACCGUCAACAGAAUUGUAUUCCGUGUUACAUAUUGUUCAAACUUAAACAAUUUUUCAGAAUUAAAGAUUAGAACAAAAGAACAGCAUUUAUUUCCCAUACUAUUUCUUUAGGUGCGUGUGUGUUUUCUAUGAAUCAAAUACAUGGGCAGAGCUACAUUGACCAGAACGUUGAAUAUAAGAAAUGUGUGUAGCAUUUCUAUCCGGAUAAUAGAAUGAUUUCUGAAGAAUCAUGUGACACUGAUGACUGUAAUGAUGCCGUAAAUAUAGCAUUGCCAGCGCAGGAAUAAAUUAAAUUUUAAGUA